UAAGUUUGAAAUGUUUUAAUUCAACUACCGCGUCGUUUUGUUUACAAUUUUAAAAACAAACUAUUGGAUUGUUUAAUGUAAAUAAUGGACUUUGAUGAACAUGCCUAUGCUCUGGAGUUCUUUAACUUCACACCCGAGCAGAUUGCAGCCGAGCGUCAACAUUGUGUAAAUUCCAUAGUUGGCAAGGCUAUCGAUGCAACCAUAAAGAGAAUUGAGACGCCAGCCACUGCACUAAAGUUGAAGGAACAAAAGGCUCGCGUGAUGCGGAGCAUCCAAGAGCGCUGUGUCCCCAAACUGGACCAUCUUCGGGUAAUGGACAAGCAAACAUUUCAUGUGCCACCGCAUGUUUUACAGAUCCAAGACUUUGACUUGGAACAUCAGUUUGACGUCAAGGAUGAGCAGAAGAAGUUGGCCAAACUGGAGCUACUCAAAACACGCUUUCGCGAGAACGUAGCCAUGCUGGCCCAGUUGAAGGUGGAGGAUGACAAUUAUUCCGCUAUGGAGGAUAUAAUCCGCAUGGAAACGAAAAUGCAGCAACAAAUCUAUGCCAAGUUGGAAUCUUUAAAUUGUCCCAAAUUGAUUAAAUUUGCACAAAAAGUGGUCGACAAUGAGCAGCAGAAGGAAAAGUAAAGAUAUUACAUUAACUAUAAGAGGCCUAGAAUAUUUUUAUAUCUAUCGAUUAUUCAGAUUCUAUAGUUGCUCUUGAAAACGUAUUGCAGCCGCCUUCAGUAGGCUUAAAUGGUUCUAAAUGAAUCUGUGUAUAUACUACUUUUAAAGAAAUCCUACAUUUAUUUGUCGAUUAAGAAGUGUCCGAUUGACGAGGUUUCUACAUUUUAUAGUCUUAAUUAAAUCAUUAUUGAUGAUAAACAAA